UACCUUGCUGACCUUUGAGAAGCGAAUUUCUCAUUUUUGCAACAUUGCUACCUUUAAAAUACAUCUGUCUCAAGGUCUGCAAUUUUUUUUAAUGGGAAAACACUUUGCAUAUAUGAUUUCAUUAUUUUAGUUCAUUAACAAUUUGAAAUCCAGAAAAAAGGAUCACAUUUUAAAGGAACGAUUGAGAAGAAUAUUUCAAUACAACUGGAGUGUGAAACAAGUAACAGAAGGAGUCAGAACAGUUAUUUUCUAUAAAAACUCACGUCUGCUAUUUUGCACAUGUGAACAGCUUUCAAAGAAUUUUGAAGAUGGCUCUGCCUCGUGUUUCUUCCAAGUUACCUCCAGAUAUCGAUCCAACUAAGGCACCCAUUGCUUUCGGCCGAAGAGCAUUACCAAAACUGAAUGAAGAGCUUCAAGACAAACAAUUAAUAACGCGACAAAGGGCCUUAAUGGCAUUAUGUGACCUGGUCCAUGACCCAGAGCAUGCUUAUGAGGCAAUUAACCAAGGAUUCCUAGAGACUCUGAAAGGCCUUCUUUCAGAUGAAGACAGUACUGUGCGACGGAAAGCAACCGAAGUAUUGUACAUUAUGGCCUCCCACAACGUUGGCAGGACCGGUUUCCUCGAAUAUGGCGUUAUUCCGGCUUUGGCACAUCUUCUUAAUGAUCCAGUCAUUAUUGUCCGUUGGAAUAUGCAUUACUCCUUGAAACUUAUUUCUGAAAUGCCAAAUGGGGCGGUGUGCGUGGUGGAGAGCGGCCUGGUGCCCUCGCUGGUCCUGAAGCUGCGCUCGGAGCCGGAGGAGAUCCAGGUGCUGAUCCUGGACACGCUGUGGGGCUGCCUGCGCACAGAGGCCUUCGAGGCGCUGGCCUCGGGCGCCGUCCGCGUCUUCAAGGAGAAGCUCGCCCACCCUGACCUGCGCAUACGCAGCCGCGCCACACAGGCCCUCAUGGCCAUCAGCGUCCCUUUGCAAGGGAAGAACACUGUCUUGGAGGAAAAUGUCUUCCCGGAUCUGGUUUUGCUUCUAGAGGAUGAAGACCCUGAAGUCCGUGCCAACGCUGCUGGGACACUGAUGUUCGCAGCCAUCACUACGCCUGGAAAGUAUGGUGCCUUGGAUGCGGGGGCUCUGCUGGCGCUGCUGCCACUAACGGAAGACCAGGAGAGCAAGGUGCGCCUCUAUGCCCUGAAGGCUCUGACUGUCUUGGCUGAGGCCCCUGAGGGGCGCCGCACCCUCCUGCCCCACAUCCCUCUGCUGCAGGAGCGCAGCCAGGAUCCCAGCCCUGCUGUACGCAAGGCUGCUGACAUUGCUAUCAAGGUCAUCGAGUGGAAGCCCUAGCCCUCAGCUCCUCCCCCAAUCCAUCCAUCCAUCUAUCAAUAAAACCAGCAUGAGUACCAAGAAUUCAAGGGGAGGCAUUUCUCUAUAGGCUGUGGAGUUACUUAAAUGUCAGAUGAAUGGGCUUUCCUUGCUUUCUAUGGGCUUUGAGGUUAUUUAAUGUUUGGUUAGUGGCCCUUCAAUAAUCUUUGUAGGCUUUGGUGUUCCUUAAAGUCAGUUGAUUGGAAGCCCUCUAUGGGCUUUGCAGGUUACUUGAGGGUGAGAGACUAGAUGACCUUCUGAUGACUGAUUUUUUUGGUCUUUCCUUCUUUGGAAGUCUUACUCUGGUAUCUUCAAUGCUGAUGCUGCUAGAAAAGCUUCCAAUAGAAAAGUAAAUAUUCCCAAAACCCCAAAAUUAACAAUAUACAGUGUUCCUCAGUACUUCACAAUUCACAUUUCGCUCCCUCACUGUUUUGCGGGUUUUCAAUUAAUAUUAACGUACACAUUAAUCGCAGCAUUUUUGCUGUUUUGCGGGUUUUUGUGGUGUGCAAAGGGUUUUGGAAGGGGGGGGGGAGAAAUAAAGGGGGGGAGUAGGGAAGGGUUGGAAAUAAAAAAGGGUGGUUUAGCUUCCCUUCUUCUUCUCUGCCGGCGGACUGAAUAUUGCAACUGCUAAAAUAAAGUACAGACUGCCUUGUA